UAGCGAUCAUAAAUAAUGACCGUAGAGCAAUCGCGCAGAUAGAUGAAAACAUUACAUUUUUAUUGAUAAAAAACUGCGAAGAGUGAGUGAAGUGACGCGUCUAUGCAGAUAGUUACCAUAUAGAGCAAGACGUAGCGAACGACAUCGGACAUGUUUGUUUUCAUACCGGUCCGAAUUAACGUCGCGAUUGGUUCAAAAUCCAUAACUGGCCUCCGAGAGCCAGGUGUCGUUCACACCGCGGCCUCGCGCGCCUCGUCUCGUUAAUCACUCGUGUUCGCUAUUGUUAUAGCGCGUCGCACAGCCAUCUUUGUCAAAUUACAAGCGAUUCAUUUCAAUAAUUUGGUUGUGUUUUAACAAAUGGAACAAAACAUAGAUACUGUUACCGAUGUGUCGUGUGAUAGAAACGAGUACAUUUCUACGUUCUCUUUUGUUUUAUCGUUGACGCUACGUUGAAUGGAAGCGUUACGACGGCUUACAGUGUUAACGAUCAGUGUACCAUUAAAAUGAUGGAUGAUGUCGUCUUUUGCAAAAACUGUGUAAAGUGUCUAUCUUGUUAAAUUAUGUGAAGGGCGCUAUUUGUGUUUAUGUUUGAUUGUACAUGUGAUGAGAACUGCGUCGUAAUUUGUCGUACACAUUGCAUAAAUGAGUGGAAUGGCGUUGCGGAGCGCGCGGGCCGGAGCAUGCGCGCCAGUUUCCUCGCGACCGCUGGGAACGCACUAAGUGUCCUUCGUUUAUGUGCAUAUCAAAAUGGGAAGGUCUAGGUUCCCCGGUAAACCGCUAAAAUUCCAGAAUAGAAAGCGUAUCAGUGUCCUUUCGGGCGCCGUUUAUCAUGAAACUGCACCAGAAAAUCAUUCAGCCAGUCGAGGCUCGGCUGCCAACGAUUUUGCUGGAGAGAAAGAGGAAGAAGAGAAGAAAGAAAAUAAUGGCGAGAAUGAGGCAAGCUCGGCUAAUGAAAAUAAUGUAACAAAUAAUGUUGUAAAAAAUAAUCAAGAUCACCAAGAUAAUACUGAUUUGGCAAAAUCCCCUGUUCGUACAAGAUCACAAAAUAAAAUGGAGUUACCUAAAAAUGAAAAGGUUAAACCAGUGAAGAAAACAGUGACAUUUGGCACUGUAGAGAGUUGUGAGGAUUUGUUUUUGCCACUUAAAAAGGUUCCAAUAAAACAUCAUGCACCGCUUGUCUCUAUUAUCAAAAAGAAAUCAUCACUCAAACAAACCGAGUAUUCAACAUUUAAUAGUAUAUUAAAGCCAGCUAAAUUGACAGAUUUAAGUUCUAAAUCAUCAUUAGAACAUCAAGAAGGAUAUCUGAGGAGGAAUUUGAACCCUCUUUCUAAACCAAUAAAUAAAUUUUCACAGUUUAGUGACAGUCGCAGUACUUCACCUCCUCCAAGGAAUAUAUCACCAAUUGAGAGGGAUUGUAUUAAUUCCACCAAAUUUGUCUUACCUGUAAGGAGUAGUCAUUCAUCAAGAGUAAUUAAACCUAAUAAACGAUUUAUUGAAGGUGAUGAACAUACAUUAGUUGCAAGUAGUUUAUCAACAGGAAAAGUCUUAAAGAAGCCAAAAUUAAAAAGGUUAGUAUUUAACAACCUACAUGAUGAUGAAGAUACUCCUGAAGAGGAAGAAACUGAAAAAACUAAUGAUAACGAGAAAACUAGAGAUAAACCCUUAUUAACAUCAAGUCUGUUCAAAGACAAAACAACAAACUCAUUUUCUAAUCUGAGUAACACUAGCUCAAGAAAACCAGUAAGAGACUUUUUCUCAUGCGAAAGAGAAGCAAAAGAGCCAGAAUACUCACAAGAUGAGAAUUCUAAUGUUGAAAGCUUGGAGAAGAUAAAAUCCUCUGAGCCAAAUAAAGAGGACCGAUCAGGGCAUGCCAUGAGAAAGCUCAUGGAUAUUUCAGAUGCCAGUAGUUCAACAAGCAGUACUGGUUCAGAGUCUGAAGAGAGUUGGGAGAGUGACAGCAUUGAAGGUAGUGGAGAAGAAGGAGAAAGACAGCCUCCUACUAGUCCAGAAAAAGAUAAGACAUCGGCUUCCCAGUUAUUAAGUGGAAAGGUUAUCAUUAGAGAAGCAAGAUUACAGUUAACUACCCCAGCACCAUCUACAACUGGACUUGAUGGCCCCUUCUCAGCUCUGUCAACUGUAUCAUCUAAUAAUCCACCUGCAACUGUUACUUGCGGUGUUUGUGGGGCAGUCAGAUUCUACAGAUUUGUACGCCAAGCAAGAAAGUUUGGCAUAUACUCAUGCGAGUCUUGCAGAAAAUUUAUUUCAAAGCUACUAAAGAAAGACAAAAUGGUUUUACGAACACAACCUGUGGUUACACAUUGUGUCAGGGGUGAAGGUAACUGUCAUGUUCCUCCAGUAGUUCGAUCACAACAAUGGAAAUUACUUAAAUGUACAAACAAGUCACGUUGUCCGGCUUGUUGGCUCAAAUUAUGUUUAAAGGCUUUCCAAGUUCCCCCACACAUCAGAGCCACUUUAACAGCUAUGUUGCCUCCCUACAUGAGGAGUGGGUCAAAACCUUCAGGACCCUUGACACAAGCUCACCCUCUGAGAAUAGGCUCCAGUAAUACAGCUACUACCCAAGCACCAUUUAGUGCAUUGGUAACAGAAAAUGACAAUAAUAUCUUUGCCAUUAAAACAACCAAAAAAAUCGAUGAAAUUGACAAGGUUGAGAAGGAAUCUAAACCACAAAAAGAAAUUCAAGAAAAUGACGAGUCUAACGAAGAAUUCAGUGCUAAUAGGAAGCGUCGCAUCACUAGGGUUAAAGUAAGAAAGAAAGAUAAAGGUGACUCUAAGCAGAGUGAAGAUCCUAAGAGGCAAAAAAUGGAACUAAAAGGUCCUAGAGUUAAACAUGUGUGCAGAAGUGCAUCUAUUGUGUUAGGACAACCAAUUGCAACAUUUCCCACUCAUGAGGGAAAAGAAAAGCAAGAUAAACCUCUCCAAUCUGAUGAUGACAGCAAUUCAAUGCUCAUUGAUGACAAGGAAAGAGUUACUCCAGAUAUUUCGGGCUGUGACUCUGAAUUAGACACUGAGAACAGACCAAUGCAAAUAGUCCCAGAAGCUAUAGUUGUAAAAGAAAGUGAUCCAGACCCACUAACAGAAUCUAAGAAAAGAAAGAUAGAAUCAACAGUUUUGACAAAAGCACUGGGUAGAAUUGACUCUAGUGAAGAUGAAACUGUUAUGGAUCUCAUUCCGAGGAAAACAACAUUGAAACCUCUUACAAAUAUUACCAAUGUGCGUGGGCGUGUUCAGAAAUGUGGCCAAAAUAGACCAGAAUUAAUCUGUGUUGACUUUUGGGAGAGCUAUGACCCAGACGAAGUCUGUAACUCUGGGUUUGGCCUUAUAGGCACUAUCCCAUUUACUUUAGCAAAGCUUUGCUUUUUGUGUGGAAGUGCAGGAAAAGAAAAGAUGCUUGUAUGUGGGAGUUGCUGUGAAUGGUACCAUGUAUGGUGCGCAGAGGAGGCAGGUGGCGGCGGUGACUGGACGUGCGCGCGGUGCGUGUGGUGUGCAGCUUGUGCGCGCCCUGCAGCCAGGCUUCGUUGCCGCACAUGUGCUAGACCCUAUCAUGCGGCCUGUUUGCCUGCGGCUCCGCCAGAUCACCGAAGCGAUUGGCCUCAGAUCUGCAGUUCGUGCUUAAAGUGCAAGAGUUGCGAUAGCAGUCGUGUAAAUAAGUUUGUAGGAAGUUUGCCUUUCUGCAGACCCUGUUUUAAACUCCGCCAAAAAGGAAAUUACUGUCCUCUGUGUCAGGCUUGUUAUAGGGACAAUGAUUUUGAUAGCAAGAUGAUGGAAUGUGGCUGGUGUGGAAGGUGGGUCCAUGCUAGUUGUGAGGGCUUGUCUGGUGAGGGUUAUCAACUCCUGUCUGCUUUACCACCAUCUAUUGAGUAUAUUUGUUGUAAGUGUAUGCCAACGGAUCCACCAUGGAGAAAAAUGCUUACAGAACACCUAAAAGGAAGGCUCUUACACCUUCUUAAAUUACUAGCAAAAAAUAAAAAGGCUUGUGCACUUCUAAAACUGACACCUCAUAAAAAUACACCUGUGCCCAACAAGCCUUAUCGACUUAUGUCUCCACAGGCUAUAAGAAAACUUCAUUUUGAUAGUGGUGACGAAUCUAUGAAAAAUACAUCAGAAACUAAAGUCUACAGAAACACGUCAAGAGGACGGCGAAAUAACAAUUUCGGACAAAAUAAAAGUGACGAUUCUAUCACUUCUCAAAUAUGGCAUUGCUCAUCAUUAUUAUCUGAUGUUGAAAUGGAAAAGGAGGAAAUUCCUCAUACUUCCCAUAAAGUUGUUAAUCUUCAAGAACCUUUAAUGCAAAAUAAAGAGAUAUGUUUUUCCACUGGUCUCUACAGCAAUAAAGCUGAAUUUAACACCUCUUGUGUAGAGGUUCAUGAAAAUUACCCUCCUCAAAAUAAGACGGAAAAAGCAACUACUAUGUUACCAACAACAUUACAUGAUGAAAAAUAUGAACCAAUAUCAGAUGAUGAUGAGCCUUCUAAAGAUUUUUCACAAGCUCGAAGUGAACAAGAUCUGAGUCCAGCUAUUAUAAGACAUUCAAAUAUACCUAUGGAUGACAGCACCCUUGAUGAUUUAAAUAGGCUGAUCUCACCAUCUCUAUUGGAUAUAAAAAAAAGAGUUAACAGUGAUGAAUACAUUUCUUUAAAAGAUUUUAACCAUGACAUGAAAGAUGUAAUUGAAAGAACAGCUAGUGUAGAUCUACAAACAAUCUACAAAGAUUUAUUUUCGGAGACAUUUCCUUGGUUUGAUUGUGAACAUAAUUGUUUACAACCCAAUUUAGAAGUUGAAGGAGAACAGGAAGAUUCUGAUUCAUUAAAAGAUAUGGAAAUGUGUGAUACUAAGGGCAUUAAAGCAACUGUUCGUGUUGGACGGCCAGUUGACCAAAUAGUGCCGAAACUUGAAUCUAAUGGAGAAAAAGAAGAAGAAAAACUUCUUGAAUUCUAUUCUAUGGUUGAUUCUAGAAUUUGUAUAUUGUGCAAAACUACUGGUGAUGGAUUGCCUUUUAUGGAGGGACGACUAUUAUAUUGUGGACAAAAUGAUUGGAUUCAUGCUAACUGUGCUCUUUGGUCCGCAGAAGUAUUUGAAGAAAUUGAUGGUUCUCUUCAAAAUGUGCAUUCUGCUAUUUCUAGAGGGAAAAUGAUAAAAUGCGCCGAGUGUGAAAUAAAAGGAGCAAGUGUAGGAUGUUGCGCUAAAAAUUGUAGCGAAACUUAUCAUUACGCUUGCGCGAGAAAAGCUAGUUGCGCAUUUAUGGAUGAUAAAAGAGUAUUUUGCCCUACUCAUGGCAAAGAUGUGCCCAAAAAGAGCCUACAAAAAGAUGCUGAUUUUGAAUUAACAAGACCAGUAUAUGUUGAGCUGGAUAAGAAAAAGAAAAGAUACAGUGAAAUUAAUAAAGUACAAUUUCUCAUGGGAUCAUUGACUGUACAUAGUCUCGGAAAGAUAGUCCCCUCAGUCUCAGAUUAUGAAGAUUUUUUAAUGCCUGUUGAUUUUUCCUGCAGUCGAUUAUUCUGGUCAUGUAAAAAACCAUCUAAAAUUGUGAGAUAUACUAUAAAAACGAAGUUAAUACUGGCUGAACCAAUGCCAGGGUUUGAUUUUGGUGUCAAUAUUACUGUUGACCACAGCAUGGAUGUUCAAGUGGUAGAUCGUGUUAUGGCCGAAAUUGGAGCAUGGCAUGAAAGCUUAGAAACUGGGACAAGUAAAAGUGUUCUUAUGUUUAAAAAUGAUAAAUCACCAAUAAAGUUCGGUAAUACAGUUACUUUAGAAGACUUGGCAGUAAAACAAGUUGUUGAAUAUUUACUGGAUAAUGUUUGUAAGCAAGAGCAAGAUGAAGAAGAACCUCAAAAUACAGCUGAUCUUUUACCUCCUGAAGUGAAAGAUGCAAUAUUUGAAGAUCUAAAUCAUGAUCUCUUAGAUGGUAUAUCUAUGCAAGAUAUAUUUCCAAAAUUGAUGUCGUACGAAGAUCUUGUUGCAAUGGAUCUUAAAAAUGAAUUUAUUGGGGCGAUAAGUCAGUCAGAUGAUAAGUCCGACUCACGAUCUAGUGAUUUUAUUGACGAGUUCUUUAAUGCGCGCUUAGAAUCGAGCAAUAAGGAAUUAAAGAGAAGUAAAUCAGAGAUGUUGUUGCAAAAUCACAGCCUAAAGACAUUAACCACAGGUCGAGGCCAACAAAGGUCUACUAGUUUAACUUGGAAUAAUAAAUUUGAUACUAGCUUAUUGUCGUCAACAAUAAAAAGAUGUAAAAUGGGAAAAUCAUCAACUGUUACUGGUAAGCUUAGUCCAAUACAGAGAGUUUUUGAAAAUUCUUUAGAGACCAUUAAAGAAAUAGAUCGAAGCAAUGAUAAAAAACCAAAAGUAGAGACAACUACUGGGUCAAAUGACUGUCAUGAGACACCGCAUACUUCAGGCAUUAAUUAUUGUACCACUUCUCCUAAACAAAAAGAAGAAAAUAGUUCAGAUGGUAAAAAUGAUAAAUCUGAGGGUUACUACACAGAUGUUAUUGAUUUUUAUACGAAGAUACAAUGCAGUCCAAUUUCACAGUUGGAUGGAGCUGCCGAUUGGUCAGGGUCGGAGAGUAAUUGCAGUUCACGACCAGGUAGUCCUCAAGAUGACUUUUCACCUAUUCAACAACUUGAUGGAGCGGAAGAUAAUCAUCCAGGAAUUGAGAAUACAUUAAAAAGCCAAACAAAUCAAUUUUUGUAUAGAGCAAGUGGUUCUGAAAGUACCUAUACUGUUACUAUAGCUGGUAAUUCGAUAAGUGGGCAGCCGGAAUUAGUUAUGCGACCACUUGAUGACACUUCCGCUUCAGGACAAAUGGAGCAAUUAGUAAGAUGUGAUAGAUGUCAAUGCACAUACAGAAAUAAAGAAUCAUACGACAGACAUAUGCCUUCUUGUGAUAUGAUGUCCACAAGUGAAAGUGAAAGUGAAAAUCCUAAGUCUCCGGAAAAUAGAACAUUGACCACUUUGCAAAAUGCUUUCCAGGGAGCAUUUGCGCAACCUAUGAUAAUACAUGCAGGAGUCGUUAGUGGUACUGAAAAUACGGUAAAAGCGGAAGGCAUUUCUGCAAGAAGGACCUCAAUCAAUACACGCCAAAUCACAAUAAAUGGUACAAUCGUUGAAACACCUUCACCAGGUCCAACUAAUGAAAUGACUAUGACAAUAACUGAACAAAUGAAAUCAGGAACAGUCAUUUUUGACCAGAGUAAAACAACUAAUGUACAAGUAUCUGCAAAUCAACAAGUCUUAUCAUCACCUCAAAUUGUGGUAACACCACAGAUGCUUUUACCUCCCAAAACUAGUUCAUCUGGAGGGCAAAAAAUUAUGACGCAACAAAUAAUUACACAACCAGGACUCCUUCCCUAUAAUAUUUGCGUUAAGCCAGGAACAGGAAAUACAAACUUACAGCAACUUCAAGGAAAUACCGAUAUGACUCAUUUAUUAUCUGGAUCAGGUGGAAUUCAAGUAUUAACAUCCAAUUCUAAUCAAGUAUUAACUAUACCAACAAAUCAAACAGGAAAUCUGACACCUUUAAUUCAAGGUAAAAGUCAGGUUGCCAAUUUUCCAAAUAUGGCUAGUGCAACUUCUAUAACUCUACCAGUUAAUUCAAUACAAGGAAUGCCAAACGCUUCCAUUAUUCAAAACAUACAACCAAUGAUUCGGCCACAAAUUCAAGGUAAUCCAACUAUUGUUGUACCCGCUAUGACUGCCCAAAGGCUUACUUCGCCUAGUUCUCAAAAGCAACAAAUAAUACUACCAAAUACUCCGCAAAAAUCACCUAAGAAACAGCCAACUCAAGUGCAACCAAAGCCAAUAUUUCAAGCUACUAACCGAGGCAGGGGAAGGCCAAUGCCUAAACCUACUACUAUUAAAAGACAAACAAAGCUCGAAAAAACUUUUACAACAAUUAAUCAAAGUCCUCUUGGACCAGGAAAUACUGUUAUACAGUUGCAAACUAAUAACCAAACUGGACAACCUUCCAUUAUUGUACAACCUGUAGCUAAUCAGAAUAUUAUGUCAGCAUAUGUUGAAGCAUUAUCACAACAACAGAAUCAAAAUAUGCAGUAUAUUGCAACUAUUGCACCCCAAGGAGAUUUUAAAACUGGUCCAACACAAUUUAUUUCUCAAAGUGGUCUUGUACCUCAAACAUUUCAAAUACAACAGACAGAAUCUGGUGGCUUAGUUGCAGUACCAAGUGGGGGAAUACCAGUCCUACUACCGCAAGGAAAUGUCGGUAUUCUACCGCAAUCAUUACAACAAGGUGCUACAAUAUUACCUCAGGGAGCAAUUCAAACUCAAGGUAUUUUGUCGCAGGGCCCAAAUGGUCCAACUAUUUUACCGCAAGCAAUCCAUACACAGAAUGGUACUACUAUAAUCCCACAAGGAACAAUUCAAGGACUGACAUCCGGUAAUUUAACAUCACAAACUGCAACUCUUAUACCGAAUAGUACCCUGCAAACAGCGGGGGCGACAGUGGUACCACAAAGUGGAAUAGGUAACGGACAAACAACAAUAAUCCCGAACGCAUUAUCAUCGCAAGGCAACACUUUAAUAUCUUCAGGUCCUGGUACAACGAUUCUUCCCCAAGGAACCAUAUUACCUCAAUUUUGCAAUGAUCAGGUACUAUUGGGAUCGACACCGACCUUAGAAAUGGUCACAGAUCCAUCAGGUUGCAUGUAUUUAACAACAACACAACCAGUGUACUAUGGCUUAGAAACGAUUGUUCAAAAUACGGUAAUGUCAUCACAACAAUUCGUGUCGACAGCGAUGCAAGGUGUACUUGCACAAAAUAGUAGUUUUUCUGCAACAACAACACAAGUGUUCCAAGCGAGCAAAAUAGAACCAAUAGUGGAGGUUCCUACGGGAUACGUUGUAGUUAACAAUGUAGGUGAUACAGUGGUGUCUCAAUCAUCUAAUCAAGGACCUAAUGUCGUUACAGCACAUUCGGUACAGUCAUCACCCCCUACUUUGAAAAAUGUAAAAACUUCGGUACCUAAUAUAACAUUACAGCCAUUGCCAGAUAAACAGUCUAAUAAUAGUCGGCAAACUCCAAAAGUAAUUCAAAUGAGUUCCUCUCCUCUUAGCAUUGGAUCUCAAGCUAUUUUAAACGGAAAAGCAAAUUUAAAUCCAAUAACGUCACAAAUACAUACCAUGACUUUAUCCAAUACAUCCCAAAAUCUUCAAAAAAUUAAUUUUUCUAAACCAAACAAUGUUUCUAUGUCACCAAAUGUGACUCUGGUAGCAUCAACAGGACAACCUUUAAUGGCUAUUUCCCAGUCUGUUCCCAAUACAGUAAAUUCUUUUUCAAUGCAAUCCCUACCUUUAUCGCAGCCUAUUGUUUCAAGUUCAAUAGCACCAACAAAUAAAAAUAACAUAAUGAAGAUUGAAAAUUCGCAUGUAAUAGAAAUAAGCGGAAAUUUACAUGAAAGUUCAAACUGUAAUAGUUUACCUACUAUAAGUGUGACACAAAGUAUUAAGUCACCAACACCUUGGAGGCAACCUGAAAAUAAAUUAGAACUGCAUAAUAUUGCCAUGAAGGCUAACUCCACGCAAAAUCAUACUAUGAAUAUUCAAAACAAUAUUGUUGGUGCGAGACAGAUGUCGCAUAAUGAGGUUGGAAAAGAAAAUCAAAAUUGUCUACUUUCCAUGAAUAACGCUGGGAAUUCAAUGUCGAAUACUAUCCAUUCUCAUCAAUUCGAAUCCAAUAUUAAUGCCAGCCACCACUCAGCCCAUUCCUCUUCUAAUAAUAUGAUACAAAUAACUGCUGGUAAUAUUUAUACACCUUCAUCUAUGAAUGGCAAUUUUGAUGCUGAUACGACGUUAAAAUUGAGUAAGAUUAAUGCUCUCUCAAAAGCAGAAGGUGGACAUUUAAAUUUUUCACAAGAGUUAAUGUCAUCACAUUCGCAACAGCAUGCUCAAAAUGAAAAAAGUUUCCAAAACAUGGGAUCAAAUGAUAAUAAACAAAACAAUGACAUGCAAAAUCAAAUAAAUAUACAUAAGUUAAGCAGUUGUCAAGUGGCAGGAAAUAUGAGCAAUUCACCAUCGAUAAGCAUUAUACCACCUAAUAUGAUACGACCACAGAUGCAAAAUAAUCAAAAUUCAAUAACUAUGCCGAAUAAUAAUCAAAUGUGCUCGAUUUCUAAUAGUUCUUCUCACGGUCAGGUUCAAUUUAUGAAUUCUGUAAAUACUUCUAUGCAAAACGUAAAUAUGUCAUGCCAAGAAAUCGUAAACAAUAGAGUAAACAUGUCAGUAUCUAGUGAAAAUAAUCAACAACACGAGAUGUCUAAUGGUGCUUUAAAUACAUCAAAUUUGACCCAUGGCAAUAUGCAGAUGAUGUCACACGAAAAUAAUCAAUUAUCGUCGAAUCAAAUACACAUAAUGAAUGGGCAGAUUCAACACAGUCGUCACGUUGAAAAUAGCAAUCAAUUGCAGCAAUUAAAUCAAGGAACAUCUAACAGACAAUUUCAUGAUAAUCUUAUUAGUAGUCAACAAAAUCAUAACCAAAAUAAUAUACUUUCUAAUCGAAGUACUCCCGAUAAUAGUAGCAUGAUAAACCAGAACAUAAACAUGCAUAAUAUGGCGAAUAAUCAUCCUUCAAACCGCAAUGAUCUUGGAGACUUAAAUCAUAUGCACUUAAAUCAGUCUUUAUCUAAUAUGAGUAAUAUGCAGAAUAACAGAAUGAUUAUCGAUAAUAUGCAGUCACAUGCUAUGAAUGGAGCUAAUCAUCAAAUUCAUGCGAAUAAUAGAUCUAUGGAGUCUCUACAUAACCAGCAAAUGCACUCUAUGCAACAAAUGAAUCAUCAUGUUACUAGCAAUAACAAUAGAUCACAGAUGGACAACAAUAUGCAUAUGAACCAACAAAUGUCAAUGCAACAAAAUAGACAAAUGGAUAACAUUGUUCAUCAUCAUCAACAUCAAAUGUCUAAUAUGAUGCAAUUGCAAAAUAAUCGUCCGCACAUCGAUAAUAAUCUAUUAGGAAUGCAUCAACAUGUGUCAAAUCAAAUGCAUAACAGGCAACAGAUGGAUAAUGGUAUGCAUAUGCAUCAUAUGACAAGUAAUAAUGUUAACAUGGGCCUCGGGAAUCAAUUAGAUAACACUUCCGCUAUGUCUAAUAUACAUAGCAACAGACACGAUAAUAGCUCUAUAGGAAUGCAGAAUCUAAAUACAAUGAACCAAAUGCAAAAUAACAGAAACUCAAUGGAUCAUAACAAUCUAAUGCAACAUCAAAUGAACAACAUAAAUUCAAUGAACAAUAUGAAUAUGCACAAUAAUUUAAAUAAUUCUAUGCAAAUAUCUAGCUCUAACCAUCAAUCUAUAAACAAUUCUUUGAUGCAUAUGCCUAAUAUCCCUGAUAUUAAAAACGAAAUUCAAAAUUCGUGCAGUGGUAGUUGCUCAAAUACAAGUAAUCAGUUCACUAAUAAUCAAUCAUUUGAUAUGUGCGCAAAUUUAAAUUCAAAUAACAAUAUGAACAUGGGAAAUACUUCAAAUAUGAUGCAUGGUAUGAACAUGAACAACACUAAUAUUACAAAUAAUAUGAUGAUGAACAAUGUGAAUAAUAACUCUAUCUAUGGGACAAAUAAUCAAAACAAUAUGUCAGGACAUGAUAUGUUAAUGAGUUGCAAUAAUUCUGUUGAACACAAUGUGACCAACCUGAUGCCUGGCAAUUCUUCUCACAUGAUGAUUAACAAUUCACAGACACAUACGAAUAAUAACCAAAACCAGAUUAUGGGUGGUCAAGUACCAAGUAAUUCACAAAUAAAUAUAAAUAGUAGUUGUAGCUUAAACUCGAAUAACGCUACACAAACACCUAUGACAAGUAUAGAAAACCAGAUAAAUAGGAAUAAUAUGGCAGUGAAUGACCAAUCCAAAUUUGGGCAGGAUUCAGUCAGAGGAAAAAAUAUAAUGGGACCACCGCCAAAUCCCAAUAUUCCGAUAACAAACUUGCCUAGCAGUGAUUGUGCUAAAGCUAAUAUAGUCAGCAAUGAACCUAAACCUAACCACACAAUAUCUGUGAGUAACCAAAUAGGAUUUAUGCAAAUGAAUCCUCCAAAUACAAAUAGAGUAAUCAACCUUCCUGAACGAAACAGAAUAAACAAUUCAAAUCAUGACAAUAAUAUCAGUUCACAUAUUCCUCAACAACAUAAUAUUCGCGUUGUUACAAAUAAUAGUAACAAUAACGUUGCUAGCAUUACUGAUCCAUUGACGUAUCAACAAAAGAGUGAAAGCAGUACUAUGAUAAAUGUUCCGUUCCAAGCAAUACCAAAUAGCGCGCCUAUGAAUAUAAAUGUUAAUUCUAGUAAUAAUACUGUCAACAUUACAGUGCAAAACAACCUCGUUGAUCCCAAGAUUGCUUCAAAAGCUGCUGCUGAUUUAAAUUUUCCUUUACAAACAAAUUCUAAUUUAAUACAAAAUCAAAAUGGUAAUAAUAAUAUGAUUUGCAUACCUGUACAAAAUAAUACCAUUAAUUUACCAACUCAGAACAGUUCAAGUAUAACUCUACCAAAAGCGCCACCGACUCAACAAUCAGGAAUACCGACUAAUGUUGUAAAUCCUAUGUCGAUGCGACCAAUGAAUAGAGUUUUGCCGUUACACAGGGAUGGACAAAGUAAAUCUACUAAAACGUCAGGCUCCAAAAGUCCUGCAGUCCCAAAACAAAGGGUUGUUAGCAACGAUAUGCCGGAUUUGAACAUAAAAGAUGAAAAUGUUGAUAGUGAUCUAGAAAAAGCAAUUGAAGAAUCGAAGAGAAUGAUGGAAUUGGAAAAAGCUAAGAGAGAAAAAGAAGAUAGAGACGCGACGCGUGCUCUACAAUUAUCCAAUCAAAUGCAACAACCAAACACUAGUUCCGCUUCGACGUCAGUUUCAGUGUCACGAAGCACUGGCCCUGUGGAGACUAUUCCCAAAAUGACAUCUCUGCCCAGCUUAGAUGUGGAACCUGAACCUCCAAAGAUUUUGAUUGAAAAAGAUACUAACAAGACAGCUAUAACAUCUAAAUUAGCUGCUUCCAAAAUUUUAAAACGUCCUUUACUAGAUAAAAAACCUGACACGGAUGUUAUUGUGACAAAGAAACAAAACAAAAUUUACAAAGGCCAAGAAAAUAAGUUAUCACAACCAAAGCAUACUCCUGAACCACCUAAAGAUGACGGCCCUAAGCUCAUAUAUGAAGUGUCAUCAGAAGAUGGAUUUAAUUACUCUUCUUCAUCCUUAACUGACCUUUGGGCCAAAGUUAUAGAAGCAGUUCAAAGUGCAAGAAAACAAUCGGGUCUACCACUAAUUCAAUAUAACUUGCCGUCUUCUCCCUCAGGGGCCCAUUUACUCGGGUUGAAUAACAAUGCCUUGAGAUACUUAAUUGAACAACUACCCGGUGCAAACCGUUGUACGAAAUACAAGAUACGCCAAGGCCGCCUUCUUAACAGUUGGGAUAAUGAUCUAGAUCUAAGCGAAGGAUUCAAGGAGAGUCCCUGGGGAAGUGCACGAACGGGGCCCAUCGCAAGAAAGCAAAACCAUGAUAUGUUUAGUUGGAUGGCUUCUCCAUUUAGAGAAGAACCUCCGCCUUUUGGUGGACAAGAAGGAGAAAGCACUAUUUCAAGACGCCUGGCGACUUUACCGCCUGCUAUGAGAUUUAGGCAGUUAAAAGAAACUUCGAAAGUAUCUGUCGGUGUGUACAGAUCACACAUUCACGGACGUGGCCUGUUUUGUAAAAGAGACAUUGAAGAAGGUGAUAUGGUAAUCGAGUAUGCUGGCGAGGUGAUUCGAGCGGUACUAGCAGACCAACGAGAGAAGAAAUACGAGGCAAUGAGCGGGCGACGCGGUGUUGGUGGUUGUUACAUGUUCCGUAUUGACGACAACCUAGUCGUCGAUGCCACACUUAAAGGAAAUGCUGCGAGGUUCAUCAAUCAUUCAUGUGAUCCUAACUGUUAUUCCCGCGUCGUUGAUAUUCAUGGCCACAAACACAUAUUGAUAUUUGCUCUUCGUCGGAUCACUGUCGGCGAGGAACUGACUUAUGACUACAAGUUUCCCUUUGAAGAAGUCAAGAUACCCUGCACUUGUGGAGCCAAAAAAUGCCGUAAAUAUUUGAAUUGAAGAACGCGUACGCGUGAAAUUUGGUUGAGUCAAUUAUGGUGGUCGUAAAGAGGCCAAGUGUGGUGUAUGAAAUAUACACCUUUUUGACGUGUAAGCUACCUUGAUUAUAGUGUUUUAAUGUAAAAAGAUAACUAAGCGAAAAAACAACUCUAUGUUUCGGCUUAAUUACUGCAUAGCAUAAUUAUUACGUAAGUACAUUACCGAAUUAGGGAUAAUUUUAGAAAAAGUAGUCGUUGUUAAUAUAUGACAAAAUGAUGUUUUAUAGCAACAUUUGUAACAAACUUAACUCUGAAUCUUUUUAUGGAAUUUAAAGGUGCAGAUUAAAAUACUGGGUCGAGCACAAUUUUCUAUGUACAUGUAUUAGACAAUAUGUCCAAAUCACAUAUCGUAUAUUCCCACCUCUUGACAUUUGUAGUGCCACUAGAGCAAUGGACACAAAAGUUUUCAACUUGAAUCUUGUUAUGAUCUCGUUUUGAAUCUACCCAGUGUUUAAAAUUGUUGGAUAGUGUAUUUCAUUGAUUUUACAUACUUUAAAUAUUUCUUAUUUUGUGAUAAGUUUUAUACAUUAUGUAAAUAUUUUAAGUUGUACUGUUUUAUUAAUUAUCUGUGUUGGUUAAAACAUUUGUAAUGGCUUGAGUGUAUACCUAAUAUGUCUACACUUACUUUGAUGUGAUAUGUGUUAACCCAAACCGGGGUAAAUGUAUGGUUAGUGGUAGUAUAUUUGUUCCUCAUUUGUUCUUAUUUUCUUGACUCGUGAUCAGUUAAGUCUCGACUAACAUAGCAUAUUUGUACAUAUUUAAUGGAAAAUUAGAUUUUAUGACAUUAGUACAUUUGAAUGAAGGGUAGCAAAGUUAUGAGUACAAUGUUACUUUUUUUUAGUUAUUUUAAUAAGUACUGUAUAGAAAAUUGUUGUAAAUAAGAGAAAUUAUCUGUCAUAAUAAUAUGGUUAAGCGACAAAUCGUUUUAUUAUAGUCAUAGUCUUAGGAUGUACUUUAUAGAAUAUAACAUAAUGUGUAAAUAAUAAGUUAUUUGGUGUGUGGGUUGGCUCGGAGAGGUUGUUGUCUAAGGUCAGGUGGACGCAACUACACACGCGAUUGCUGUAAAACUCCUAGCCACGGGUUUAACGUGAAAAUGCACAUUUUUAGCUUUAAUAUUUUUUCAGCACAGCUUGAGUUAAAAAUUUUAUUUUUUUUAAAGAUCAAUUUAUAUUUAAAUAUUUUGUGUGUGUUUUUACUUAAAAAGAAACUAGAAUAAAAAGCAUCACAUCAUCAUCACAUGAAAAUUUAGUCCCAGUGGUUAUUCCAAAUUUUACAAAUUUAGUAAUAUAGACCUAGAUGCAGGAACAAUACAGCAAUAGUUUUAGAACUAAAGUUACUGCAUCUAUCAAGCAGUAUUAACGUAUUCUAUAGAUUAAAGCCAAUAUAUUAAAAAUGCAAUAGUUUUAGUAAUACAGAAUUUGUACAGCAUUAUACAUGCACCUAUUAUUUUAUUUAUAUUUUACUGUAGAUUAUAAACAAUGCAGUUAAUCUCUCAAUACCACAGCGCCCUUUAUUGACUCGCUAGGCUAUUGUUUCGUCAUUUUGAUGAACCUUUAAUUCGAGGUGCGCACAUUCAAGAUAAACAUUCAUAAAUCUGUACUUGUAAUUUUUAUACGGCUCCUUUUCAUGCUAUCCAAUUUCCGACUGAUCUAUAGCUUUAUCACAAACAGUUGUACGAUAUUGUAAGCCAUUUUUUUAGGUUUUCAAAAAUAAUCUUUAUACAUUGUUUACCUUGUUGUUUUUGAUGCACUCUCAUUUUAAACUCAAAAUCUUGUGGACUAGUCUUUAGGAAUUAAAUUUUUAUAUAGCCAUACCAUCAAGUAUAUUUUCCUUAGAUAAUUAUAAUACAUAUUUCAAACAUUUUGAACAAUAACAGUAGAAGUUGUACAUCGAGUAACGAUAAUAAAUAUCAAAGUACAGGUAAUUUUAUUAAAUUUACUAUUAACAUCUAUUUUAAAUAUAAGU